AUGAAAAUGUACGACGCUCUGGAACGCUGUCCGGGCGCCUACUGCGGACGAUCGCCACUGGGUAACGAUACAUGGAGCAGCUGUGGGUUCUGUCCGCGCGGAUCGCGGGUAAACGCUAGCUACGCCUGCUCCCCUUGUCGCGACGAACUGACACCGUACUCCUGGUUGUACCUGGGCUUUAUGACCAUGCUGCCUCUCAUGAUGCACUGCUUCUUCAUCGACAUGGAUGCCAAGGAUCGCAAGUUCUCCCGCAAGCAGCUGAUCCUGACAGCCAGCGCCUUCAUUGAGGUGGCGCUGUCUGCCAUCCUGGCCACCUUGUUCAUGGAGCCCAUGUGGGAGCUGCGCUUAUAUGCCUGUGAGGUGCGCAAACUCACCGACUGGUACACCUUGUUCUACAAUCCCAGUCCCAACUACGAGGCCCGGGUUUACUGCACCCAGGAGGCGGUCUAUCCACUGCAAACUAUCGUCCUGGUGUUCUACUUUCUGUGCCUGGUCAACAUGUUUCUCAUUCGGCCUUUGAUUAGCAAACUGAUGAAUGUGGGCGGAAAGAGCAAUGCUCCCAUUUACUCCGCCCUCUACUUUCUGCCUCUGCUCACCUUUAUUCAUGCUCUGGGUUGUGGCCUGAUCUAUUACUCCUUUCCAUAUCUGAGCGUGGCCAUUUCAAUGGUGGCUAAUGCCAUUCAUUAUUCCCUUAAACUGGACCAAACUCUGAAGGCGCUCGUCUGCUCCUCGGUGUGGGAACUCAAGAAUGUAGUCAUUAUAUGUGUCCACUGGAUGCUGUUGGCGUAUGGCAUCACCUCCCUCAACUAUCACUAUGCAUUCCUGUGCCUGGUGCCCUUUCCCACGCUCUUCUACAUCCUGACCGUGCGGUUUACGGAUCCGGGCGAGUUUCGGGAGCUGGAGUCGAGAAUUUGAUGCGGCGACGUCCAAAUGCAGAUCUUCCAUGCCCGAGGAGGCGCUGCCCGACGAUCCACUGUUGUUAUCUAUGUGUAGUGUGCGCGUCAUUUAAUUUAUUUUCUGUAUCAGCUGUUAGUUUUAGUUUACUCGUCAAUAUUUCGUAUAUAUAGCACUUAGCACUAAGCAGCCAUUCAUUGUUCUUUUCGUUUUUAAUUAUAU